AACAGCGCGCCUCCUCUUUUCGUGCCGUAUACGCGCGUCGUAACGUGGUGCGGCAGGUGGUGCCGAUACUAACAAGUACAGUCGGUCGCAAGAGCAAAGAAAGAGAAAAAGUGUACUUGCACUCCUAGAGGAGUACAGCAGGGCAGUCAGUAGUGCACUACUGCUGUGCUGUUGUCUGUAAAUAAAUAUGAUCCUCCGCCAGAGGCGAGAUCGUGCGACGGAAACCAAACCUCCAGCUCCUCACUCUGUGCACGGACAAGACCCGGGCGUGCUUCCUUCGGACUGAUACACCGUCAAGGCUUCCGCGAUCCCAACCUGCCCGGAAGGCUUUGUUUGCGGGUUUCCCACCGCAAAUGGGGAUCUUUAUGGCGGGGCUCUCUACCUCUCCUCGGCCUCGACCGGGCCUCAGGCGAGAGCCAUGCUGGAGGCGUCCGCAAGAUGGGGGUCCGGGGCGCGGGGCAAAGAACAGAUCUCGGUGCCUGUAUGCAAGGUCAAGUAUCAGCCCUUCCGCGAGGCAACUAGAGGCGGCGAAAAGAACCGGCGCCUUGGUGGUGGCUUGGCCGGGAAAGGAAGACGCGGUCACGGGGCCGGGGAGGGGGGCACCAGCGUGGGGGAUCACAACCGCCAGCAGCAGGAACCGCAAGAAAAGAUGUUUGCGUGCCACCUUCACCACUA